CUGAAGGAAAGGCCAUGGCCGCAGGAUGAUAGAAAUAGAAUCGAUCCAUCCAUCAGAAAGCGAAUUUAACCUCCAUAAAUAGAGCUCCAGAUUUUUGCCAUUUCUGCUGCUGCUUUUUGCUCUCACAGAUUUAGCAAAAUUUCUUACCCAUUUCUAUCCAAAUCCUUAUUAUUAUUAUUAUUAUUGUUUGCUUUUUCCAGCAGGAAAACCGUGACAGGUUUGGAAGAAGAAGAUGAAAUCUGCUGAAUAAAUUCGUUUUCCGAUCUGAAGCUUCAAUUAAUGUUAAUCUUCUCGAAAGAUUUCAGUUUCUUUUCUUAAUUAGUGUAAAAGAAAGAUCGAUUCUUGCGAUUGGGUCAACGAUGUUCAGCUCAGGCGAGUCGGAGAACAGCAGCAGCAGCUUUCUUCACCAGGCAAACCCUAGAAAUAAUCAAAUCCCCAAUUUCAAGUCCGACGGGGAGUUUCUGAAGAGCAAGGGCUUCCACGGCGGCGCCGGAGAUUUCUACCAGGGGCUGAGCCACCCACCGCCGCCGCAGCAGCCGGGCGGAUUGGCGCGGUACCGAUCGGCGCCGAGCUCGUUUCUGGCGGCGCUUUUGGAUUCGACGACGGACAACAGCAGCAGCGGCGAUGAAUCGGAGGCCAUAUUCUCCGCCUUCAUGAACAACCAGAAGGGCGGCGAUAGUACAAAUAAUAAUACUCAUAAUCAUCAUCAGAUUCAGUACCAGAUGAAGCAGGAGGCCGGAGCCGGGUCGGAGCCGCACCAGGAGACCCGACCCGGAUUCGGCGGUUAUGAGACCGCAGUGAGCGGCGGCGGCGGCGCCAUUGUUGGAUCUUAUUCUAUGGCGGCAGCGGCGGCGGCGGCGGCGGCUAUGGAGACUACUGAGAAUGGAUCUAAUCUCAUGAGGCAAAGCAGCUCUCCAGCUGGAUUCUUCAAUGGAUUCGGAAUAAUGGGAGAUGUUGGAAGCUACAGAGUCCAUAAUCAUCCCAAGCCGAAUCCGUCGUCGUCGGGAAUGAAUAGCAACCACAUGAGCUUCUCAUCGGCACCAUCUUCGACGUCGCGGUUCAUGCCGAGCAUACCGGAAAACGGAAGCGAAGGCGUCGCCAUUCGCAACUCUGAUCAGCACAGGCAGUUGAGGAGCAGCGAGGCCUCCGCCGGCGCCGGAAUCUUCCCCGACGCCUCGUGGAACACCGCCUCGUCCUUCAAUGGCCUUAAGAGAAACAGAGAUGGUGAUGUCAAGAUGUUCCCUAGUUUCGGAGGGUUGGAAAAUCAGAAUUCGGACACUAGGAAGAAUCCUUCGGGGUUAGUCCACCAUUUGAGCUUGCCUAAAAGCUUUUCUGAGGCUGCCGAGGCCGAGAAGUUUCUGCAGUUUCAGCAGGACACCGUGCCCUGUCAAAUCCGGGCGAAACGAGGCUGCGCAACUCAUCCGAGAAGCAUUGCGGAAAGGAUGAGACGAACAAGAAUCAGCGAAAGGAUGAAGAAGCUGCAGGAUCUUUUCCCCAACAUGGACAAGCAAACAAACACAGCAGAUAUGUUAGACUUGGCAGUUGAGUACAUUAAAGACCUCCAGAAACAAGUCCAGACGCUCACGGACACACGGGCUAAAUGCGUUUGCGCCAACAAACCUAAGCAGACAAAUCCUUCCACUUAGUAGUCGUAAUCGCAACCAAAUGGAUCUUCACGGCGCGCGAGCUGCUGUUCUUCGCCACGUCCCGAGUCGAUGUUGUGCAGAAACAUCUAUAUUUAUAUCUAUAUCCAUAUAUCUGUAGUUUUAGAGAAAUGGCUAGACUUAUAUAUAUAUAUGGUUACCUUUUCUUCAUUGCAGUAGUCUUUUCAUGUAUGGUUUCUAAUUAGGUUGCUGUUAGUAUUUUAGGUUUGAUGAAUAAUUUGUGCAUAGAAUCAAAAUAUGUUGCUGUAAUUUUCAGUUGUGAUAAAUUAUGGCUGGAUCCUAUUAGCCCUAAUUCAAUACAAUUUCUUCAUAUAUA